GGAAAGUGUUAUUUGUCUAUAUUUCCUCCAGUCAAUCAAUUCCUGGAAAGCCAAAAAAAUGAAUUUGUUUUUGUUGUGGUCGUGCAUUAGCAAACUACCGUCGAUAAUCGUUGCUGUCAAAAACAAAUAUAAAUAAAAAUUAAAAAAAAAAAAUCCGAGCAAGAGCGAGGGAGACACGAUCCAAAUCUCAACUCUUAAAAUAUCGAGUUUGAUCGCCCAUUAUCGAUCUCUGGAUAAUCAACGAAUUCAACCUGAUUCAAGAUUAACUUGUUGAUCCAGGAUGCAUCAGGCCGAGCUCACGACCGAGAAUGUUUUGAGGAGGGACAUUCCCUGGGAGACCUACAUGACUACAAAGCUGAUCACUGGAACUGGACUUCAGCUGCUAAGGCGAUACGAUAAAAAACCGGAGAGUUACAAAGCCCAAUUACUAGAUGAUGAUGGUCCAUCAUACAUUCGUGUGUUCGUCAGCAUUCUCCGUGAUAUUUUCAAAGAAGAAACGGUGGAAUAUGUUCUAGCUUUGAUUGAUGAAAUGCUUACUGCAAACCCAAAAAGAGCCAGGUUGUUUCAUGACAAGUCUCUUGCUAGUGAAGACCCCUACGAACCCUUUCUCAGAUUGCUCUGGAAAGGUAAUUGGUUUAUACAGGAGAAGAGCUGUAAGAUACUCUCAUUGAUCGUAAGUGCUAGACCAAAGGUUCAGAUUGGUUACACUGCAAAUGGAGAAUCUUCAGAUUCAAAAAAGAAGCUCAGUACUGUUGACGAUGUUUUAAAUGGCCUGGUUGAAUGGCUUUGUGCCCAGCUGAAGAAACCUUCUCACCCUAGUCGUGGCAUCCCUACGGCCAUCAAUUGCCUUGCAACCCUACUCAGGGAGCCCUUGGUCCGAUCUUCUUUUGUUCAAGCAGAUGGAGUGAAGUUGCUUGUCCCUUUCAUAUCUCCAGCGUCAACUCAGCAGUCCAUCCAGCUUCUUUAUGAAACAUGCCUCUGCAUCUGGCUUUUGUCGUACUAUGAACCAGCAGUUGAGUUUCUCGCUACUUCGAGGGCUCUACCGCGGUUGAUUGAUGUCGUUAAAGGCUCUACAAAGGAAAAGGUUGUCAGGGUUGUGGUGUUGACUCUAAGGAACUUGCUUUACAAGGGGAAUUUUGGGGCGCAGAUGGUAGACUCUGGAUUACCUCAAAUUGUCCAAAGUCUGAAAGCGCAAGCUUGGAGUGAUGAGGAUUUAUUGGAUGGUCUGAACCAACUGGAAGAAGGUCUCAAGGACAACAUCAAGAAAUUGAGUUCUUUUGAUAAGUACAAACAGGAAGUUCUUCUAGGCCAUCUUGACUGGUCCCCAAUGCACAAAGAUCCUGCUUUCUGGAGGGAGAAUAUUACAAACUUUGAAGAAAAUGAUUUUCAGAUCCUUAGAGUUCUCAUUACAAUCUUGGACACCUCUACCGACCCAAGGACUCUUGCUGUCGCUUGCUUUGAUCUCUCACAAUUCAUUCAGAUCCAUCCUGCUGGUAGAGUAAUAGUGACUGACCUGAAAGCUAAAGAAAAGGUGAUGAAGUUGAUGAACCAUGAUAAUGGGGAGGUUACUAAGAAUGCUCUUCUUUGCAUCCAAAGGCUUUUCCUUGGUGCCAAGUAUGCCAGCUUUUUGCAGGUGUAAAGUGGACUGUAAUAUUUUGGAAGCCCUAUUUACGAAAACUGGAGACUGGAAGGUCGUUGUGCAGUAGUUUUACGAGAGUGGAUUACUUUAGAUUGUUAUGGCGAAAAUUAUUUUUGAUCCAAAUCCAAUAAUUUUCUCAAUGUUUUCGGCUUUCUACUGUUUGUUGUUUAAAUAAUAAAAGCGCACGAUGUAAGAAGGCAAAUUAUACCAUUAAUUUAUUAUUAUGUCUUUGUUCAAUUCUUAUUUCCAGUUCAUUUUUGUACUGAUCACAAAUUGACUCAACUUUUGAUACUGUAUGGUUCUG